UUGUUAUGACGACCAAGUCGUAAAUCCGCCAUGUUUUCCUGGUCGCGGAGUUGCGACAGAGACGGAGAGUCUGGACGAAAUGAAUGUAGAAAAUAAUAAUACGGCAGAAACAGAAAGCGAUCCGGCGGUACCCGGCAACAUCAUCACAAUCCACACCACACUCGGGGACGAAGAUGAAGAUGUGCACAAAUGUGGCCGCUGUCAGUGCGAAUUCACCUGUCUGGAGGCUUUCAUACAACACAAACUGCAAAACAACUGCCAGCGCAGCCAUGAAGUUAUGCCCUCCAGCUUGGGAAGCAAGCCCAGUCAAGAGGACAGCCAGGUUGUGCUGUCAGAAGGAAUUACAGUUGCAGCUAUAGUAGUGAAUGAUACUAAUGUGCUGUCAGACAAAGUUGGAAGAUCAACAACCAUAGAAGGUGGGAAAGCUAAAGCUGAGGUUUGUACUAGCUUGCAGCAGCACCAGGGUGAGGCGUCAAAGAGGGCUGGCGAGGACGGGGAGGGAGAGACCAGCCAAGACAGCACAGAAGAGGGCAGCAAGGUGGAGGCCGUGAAUGCCAAGAUGACAGUUAACAGAGACGGGCGUUAUGUGUGCCAGCUCUGCAAAAAGACUUUCAAAACGGCCAAUAUCCUGAGAGCACAUCUAAGUACCCACAGUGAUAGGAAAAACUUCAUCUGUAAGCUUUGUGGGAAUGCCUUCAGGACAAAGGGCUCUUUGAUUCGCCACAAUCGACGACACACAGAUGAGCGGCCCUAUAGAUGUAACAUGUGUGGGUUAUGCUUCAGAGAGUCUGGAGCGUUGACCCGACAUCUAAAGUCUAUCACACCUUGUACUGAGAAGAUACGCUUCCACCAGUGCAAAGAGAUACUAGUUCAUAAAGAUGGCCUUCCGAAAGUGUCUAGUGAUAAAGAAUUUGAUAUUGUUCCUACUCCUUCCAUUGAUCCUAUAGAAGUACAGCAAUCUCUAAUCAGUGUUGUGACUGACUCUGAGGAGAAUGUUCUUCCAGAAGUCCAGGUGCAAAUGGAAGUGGACAGCACUGAACAAACCCAACAGACCCCUGAGGUGCCUGAGGAGCCACAGAAGAUAGAUGGUGACAAUCUGAUUAGCCAGGCAAUAAUCAAUUCAGGGAUAACCAUUGAAACUGUGAAGGAUGACACUAUGGUGAAACAUACUGAGGAACCAACAUCUGGAACAGAGGAAACUGAGGUUAGGAUGGGCGAGAUACAAGUCACGGAAGAGUGCGUUGAAACGGACACUUUGGACACAGAAUCCUCAAGCCGCCAAAGUGACCCUAAAACCUACAAGUGUCCACACUGUAAUCGAGUCUUUAGUGGACCAAGUUACCUUCGUUUGCACAUUAAAGGUCACUUGGGACAUAGGCCAUUUAAAUGCUUGGACUGUGAGAAAGAGUUCAUCACGUGGUACCUCCUGAAGAAGCACAUGGAGUCUCACGUCAGAGAGAGACGCUUUAAGUGUGGGGAGUGCGGGAAGUUGUACAAGACCAUCGGACACGUUAGGGAGCACAUGAGGGCACACUCUGACGAGCGGCCCUACUCCUGCUCAGAAUGUGGCAAGGGCUACAAGACUAAGAACGCGUUGCAGGUACAUGUACGGACUCACUUUAACGAGAAGCCCUACAUGUGCCAGUUCUGCUCGCGGGGUUUCAGGGAAAAGGGCUCUCUGGUGCGGCACAUCCGCCACCACACUGGAGAAAAACCAUUUAAGUGUAACAAGUGUGGACGCGGCUUUGCAGAGCACGGCACACUCAACCGACACCUCCGAGCCAAAGGAGGGUGCUUUGCGGGAAUGAAGGAUUGUAAGCAGGUAGAGGUUUCUGAGGAAGACCAUUCUGCAGACAAUGUUGCUGCAGCCAUCAUCUCUGAAGACCCUCAUACUGUUCUGGUAGAGUUCUCCUCUGUUGUGGCUGACACACAGGAAUACAUCAUUGAAACACCAGGUGAAUCGGGUGAAGACGUUGGACUCGUACAGGAUGGCAGCCAUCAGGUUGGAAGCCACAUAAUGAAGGUGGUACAGCAAAUAGUGAAUCAAGCCAACUCCGGACACCAGAUUAUUGUUCAGAAUGUCACAAUGGAUGAAAAUGCCGGUAUGUCUGCAGACUGCACGGACACCAUCACCAUAGCAACGCCAGAGAGCCUCACAGAACAGGUCGCCAUGACGCUGGCCACUGCCAUCAGUGAUGGCACCAUACUGACAACAGAGGGCAGCCUGGGUACUGGGGAUGGGACUGUCACCAUGGUAGCUUCACAGGACAUUGAGGUAAUGGAGCAAACUGAGGAGUAUGUCAUUGCUUCACCAGAAGUGGAGAUUCAGACAGUCAUCAUUUAAGAUUAACCAUAGUUUAUUGGAUGCUUGAGAUUCACUAUUAUAUAAAUUACUAUUCUGUGCAUAAUGUCAUAUUUUGUUAUGAAAUAAAGUGGUUAUACAGGGAGGCUUUAAGCCAUAUAAUUGCAACAUAUUCAUGUGUUUACACUGAUUUUGUUACUCCAUGAUGUUAAAAUAAUGACGCUUUAGUUUUGUCUGCACGUGUGUACCGUCUUACACAAUUACAGCUGUAAUAGUCUAGUCCACAAGGGGGACCCAUUCUCAGUCUUGGCUUCUGAAGUCACAUUCUUCUGGUGAGCUGUGCAACAGCAGCUGAGUCAACACUGACACAUUGAAGCAACUCAUUCAGGGAAUAGGUGACAAGCCUUCCAAA